UGGAGGGAUUGACGCCCAGGCAGGCGAGGGCUAAAAGCAGAGGAGAGCGAGGAGGAGCUGCUGGGAGCCAGCAAGAGAGCGAGCGCAGCGGCAGGGGGAGAGAGAGAGAGAGAGAGAGAGAGAGAGCGCGAGCGAGCGAGGUCCUGCCCAGCUGUUUGCGAAGAUUUCCUGUUUCCCCUCCAGGCCGGCCCGAGUAGAGAAGUUGAGUGAGUCACACGCACGCACACAGCCACACACUCACUCUCGCACACACUCACUCCUACACACACACACGCGGGCAGAGCCGAGCCCCACAGCCAGCUUGGGGGCCCCUAGCUCCGCCAGCCGCCCGAACGCCACAUCUGGCCUGCACAUCUGCCCGGGCUGGGAGAGCGGGAGCGCGCGCGCCCGGGGCCGAGCGGGGCAGAGCCAGAGCCAGAGCCAGAGGCGGCCCGGCCGGUCCCUUGGGCUCCCCCUCCUCCACCCGUCUUCUUCUUCUUCCUCGUCCUCCUCCUCGCCAGCCCCGGCUGCUGCCCCGCUCUAUGCGGAGACCGAGCAGGCUGGGCCAUGAGUCGGGCUCUCCUGUGGAGCCCGGGGCUACUGCUCCUCUUCCUGUGGACGCGCAAUGCCAGCACCAUCCCUCCCCACGUCCAGAAGAUCGUUGAUGGAGUUCCAGUCACGGAGGAAAAUGGUGCCAUCAAGUCUUCACUCCUUUGCAAGUUUUGUGAUAUCCAACCCUCCAACUGCACCAAUGAUAGGAGCUGCCCAAGUUACUGUGGCAUCACAUCAAUCUGUGAAAAGGCACACGAAAUCUGCGUAGCUGUGUGGAGGAAGAAUGAUAAAAAUAUUACCAUAGAAACACUCUGUCAUGAUCCUAGCCUUGAGGUCCAUGGUUUUCCCCUGGAGGAUUCUAAUUCUGAUAAAUGCAUAAUGCGGGAAAAAAAGGUCCCUGGUGAGACCUUCUUCAUGUGUUCCUGUAGGAAGGAGGAAUGCAAUGACAUCUUGUUCUUCUCAGAAGAUGUCCUUGACAAUUUCGACCUCAUGGCCAUCAUCUUCAAAGUGACUGUCAUCAGCCUCCUUCCCCCACUGGGCAUCGCCAUUGCCGUGAUCAUCAUCUUCUACUGUUACCGAGUCCACCGCCGGAGAAAGCUGAGCACCGCCUGGGAGACGAGCAAGCCGGGGAAGCCGGACUACAGCGAGGGCUGUGCCAUGAUGUUGGAUGACGACCGCUCGGACAUCAGCUCCACGUGCGCCAACAACCUCAACCACAACACCGAGCUCCUGCCCAUCGAGCUGGACACGCUGGUGGGGAAGGGUCGCUUCGCUGAGGUCUACAAGGCCAAGCUGAAACAGAACACGUCCGAGCAGUUCGAGACGGUGGCCGUCAAGAUCUUCCCCUACGAGGAAUACGCCUCUUGGAAGACAGAGAAGGAAAUCUUCUCCGACAUCAACCUGAAACACGAGAACAUCCUCCAGUUCUUGACUGCGGAGGAGCGGAAGAUGGACCUGGGGAAGCAGUACUGGCUCAUCACUGCCUUCCACGCCAGGGGCAACCUGCAAGAGUAUCUCACUCGGCAUGUCAUCAGCUGGGAAGACCUGUGGAAGCUGGGCAGCUCCCUGGCCCGGGGCAUCGCCCAUCUCCAUAGCGACCACACGCCCUGCGGGAGACCCAAAACGGCCAUCGUGCACCGAGACCUGAAGAGCUCCAACAUCCUGGUGAAGAACGACCUGACCUGCUGCCUCUGCGACUUUGGGCUCUCCCUGAGGUUGGACCCGACCCUCUCUGUGGAUGACUUGGCUAACAGCGGGCAGGUUGGGACAGCAAGAUAUAUGGCUCCCGAAGUUUUGGAAUCCAGAAUGAACUUGGAGAAUAUGGAGUCUUUCAAGCAAACAGAUGUAUAUUCCAUGGCCCUUGUUCUCUGGGAAAUGACAUCUCGCUGCAAUGAGAUAGGAGAGGUCAAGGAAUAUGAGCCGCCAUUUGGUUCCAAGGUGAGAGAGCACCCCUGCGUUGAAAGCAUGAAGGACAACGUGCUUAGAGACCGAGGACGGCCCGAGAUCCCAAACACUUGGCUCAGUCACCGAGGUAUCCAGAUGGUCUGUGAGACUCUGGCUGAAUGCUGGGACCACGAUCCAGAGGCCCGACUGACCGCUCAGUGCGUGGCCGAGCGUUUCGACCAACUGGGGGACCUGGACCGGCUGUCGGGGAGAAGCUGUUCGGAGGAAAAGAUCCCUGAGGACUGUUCUCUGAGCCCCACCAAAUAACCUGGGGCUCAGCCUGCCGCCACGAGAGCCAGGACGCUGCCCUCCCCCGCCAGGGGCCGAGGGCAGGAAAAAGCCAUCCGAUAAGUGCCUUGACCGGCUUCCUGUGGAACCGAGGGGGUCCCGCACUCCCCUGAAGCCAGGGCUCCGGAGAGGAACUCUCUUUGGUGGGAACCAGCAGCUGGCGGGGAGUGGGUGACAUCAAGCAGUCUACACCUUGGACGGGGUCAUAGGAUAAGCUGUGUUAGCACUUCCUCAGGAAAUGAGAUUUCCCCCCCUUUCCUUACAAUAGCCAAUAACAAUUGCACUUUAUUAAUGCCUGUAUAUAACUAUGGAAUAGCUGUUUUAUAUAUAUAUUAAAAAUUAUAUCUAUAUCUAUAUCUAUAGUUCUAUCGACGGCCAUGCUCUGUAGAGACAUGGACAAGAGAAGCAUGCCGAGGAGGAACGAGGGACCAGAGGGCGCCCUCGAGCAGCAUUAGCUCCCCCCACGCCCACCCUCGGAACGUGGGGGGGCCUCCCUGUUUCCUCCUAAUGCCAUGUUUCACCAGGAUGCCAAAGCUCCCUCCCGGCCCAGAGCAGCCGCCAUUCACCCUUGUUCUUCCUUGUUUCGGGCUGGAUUUCUACAGCCGGUUUCCUGGGUUUCUGACUCCCGAUUCUGCAUUUGGGGGUCCCAUUCCUUAAAGGAAGCCGGAGUCUCUUGCACCCAUCUCGGCAUUGGCCAGGAGCCCUUCAGAAACUGGAGCCCGCUGCGCUCACGGGCUACAGGAAAGCACGGAAAGGGACUCAUUUUCCCUCCAUGCCCCCACGAAAUCAGCCAAAGCCAGACAGAUGGUUUCCAUUUGCCUUACCUUCUCUGGGAUGGUUGUGCUUUUCUUUAUGAAGAAGUUAUCCCGAGUUUUACCCCUGGGCCCUCCCCUUCCCUUCCCUUCCCCCAAGCCCUAUCCUUUGGCCAAAUCUCUGCUCCCUCCCCCCACCAGACGGGCACCCCCAUACCCUGAACUCCGUUAUUCUCUGCAGAAACCAAUGACUUCCCUCUCUCCCUGCUCCCUGAAUGCACUUGGACACUUUGGCAUUAUGGAAAGGAGAUGCUAGACGAUAUUGGCGUAGGCCUUCUUCCCUGGACCUGACAGGAAAUAGAAGCCUGCUCUCGCCCUGAACUCGCCAACAAAUUCCCCUCUGUGAGCCCUGGUUUCUUUCUCCAGUUCAGGAUGGGAACAAGUAUGGUCCAGUGGGACGACUGCUGGCGCUCAAGUCAGAGGGUCUGGGUUCGUUCCCAGCCCUGCCAUUUUCUAUGCAUCAACUAAUCAUUUUGCCAGUCCAGAUCUCAGUUUAUUUUUUUUUUUGAAAGGGUUGGAUCAAAUGGCUUUUAAGGCCCCUUCCAAUUCAAAAUCUAUGAUCCCCCCCACCCAUAAUCCCUUCCACGAGUUAAAGACAGAGCUAAAUUCCCAACGGGGGAUGGGUGGGAGAAGAACACCCCCAAUCUUUUUUUUUUUGUCUGCUUCUUUAAGUGCCUUAUGGGAUCACCCACCAUCUCCCAGAGGCCUUUGCUACAAGCAUCAGUCAGCUCACAAAACAGGUCUUUCCAGAGCCAGCUCUAUCUGUAAGCAUCCAUAGUCUUUGUCCACAACAUGAGAGGCCUCGCUUGGUGGCCCCAAAGGAAACCUAUUUCUCCACAAAGAGCUUUUAAAAAAAAAAACUCAGGCAAAAAGGUUUGAUUGAAAAAUAUUUUUGGAGCUCCCUCUCGGCCUCCUUUGGCGUUGGGAAGCGCUCAGGAGAAAGGCUACAAAGGGACUUCUAUGUAUUUUGGGUUUGGGGCAUGUCAAGAGAAACUAAGGUAGGAGGUAGAGAAGGACGGUACCCACCUCAGGGCUGCAAUAUUGGGGAAGGGGAAGGGGGUCAGGGACCCCAAUCCCCACUGUCUGUCCUCAAAAAGCCAUUUUCACGUCUAGUUCCUUCUUCAAUGGUCUUCCCGGCAGGUAAUCAAGUACAUAAACUGGAAUGUCGUGUAACAUUAUACUGUGGCCUGUUUGUAUUCUCUCAUUCAAGGCAAAAGACUAAGGAAUACCGUCCUGUAUUUCUUGGAGAUACCAACUCCUUCUAUUGGGGGGGAACUACUACCCCGAAAGGGAAAUCUUUAUUCUUAUAUGGAAUAUUUCAACUGUACAUGACCUAUGAAAUAGGAAUGUGAAUUAUAUAUAUAUGCUUUUUUUAUCAGAUGUUUUAAGCACUUAUUUCCACUCUAAGCCGUGUUUUUUUUUUAAAGUAAAUCUAAUGUUUAUUAAGUCAAAUAAAGCAAUAAAGCUCAGGAAAA